AGCGUCGUCAUCUCCUCUCUCUCUCUCUCUCUUCCUCUCUCAACGGCAUCCCCGUGAACUGCGUCCUUAUCGAAGAUCGGAAAUAAGGUUUUUUUCUUUGUAAGCAGUUCGAAUUGCGCAGGCGUUUUAUAAGCCAUUUCUACAGCGUACCCUCAAAGUCUUUUUAUGAUUGUUCUCUUGUCUUCCUUUUCCUUUCCAUCAACGUCGGAUGCAACCACAGGGAAGCACAUCUACGCACACGCACACACACACGUAUAGGCGAGCAGCUUGCUUCGCACCUUCUUCAGCCUCCUAAACGUUUACUCCGAGGAGAAGCGACGGUACACUGUAGCUCAUUCGCCUCUUCUCCUCGCCCUUCUCAGCACAAUGCCCGGUCACGACAACGACAUUUUUGUCAUCCUCACGCUGUGGCUGCUGUACAUCGGCAUCCACGUCUGCAUGGAUUUCUUCGAGCGCAGGGCUCAACGAAGCCUCGACGACGGAGCCGCCGAAGAAGCGCUGCGGAGGCCGAACCGAAUCGUGGCGGAGGUGCUGCACGGCGACGUCGGCGGUUACUCCAUUCACACGCGCCGAGAAAUACGCGUGGUGGUGGUCGGCACCGUGACGGACACGGCGGCGUUGAUGAACACGGAUCCGUGUGAAGGGGCACUCGUACCGGAUGCGACGGGGCGGGUACCGCAGCUUCCGGAGCCGGUGCACUACGGGGAGGCAUCCUACGCCCCUCGCAUGUCGGAGGACGCGGUGAGGCAGGCCGUAGUGGUGGAGGAGCCGCAGGAGGAGAAGCCACCAAAGCCGGAAGUAGUUUAA